AUGGAUUCAAUGCUGAUGUAUGUAAAAGUCUUCCAGGAGCUCCUCAAUCUACUGUACCGCCACCGCACCACCGAAUGUAAGAAGGGCGAGGAGGUCUUUGAUAAGGACGACGCCCGCGCCAUGACCCCGCGGCGGAACAGCGACGAGCUGGAGAAGAUGAGCCAGGAGGCCAGAGUACAGUUAUCACAACACGCAAAACUGCUCAACGAGUCCCUGCUGGAGAUCUUUAACUGCAUCGAGGCAAUCAAGGAGGAGCACGACAAGCUGGACGGCAAUAAUAAGUUCCUGCAGAGGUACAUUAGCGAUCUUAUGUCCACACCUAAGAUCGCGGCCACCGGCUCCGGCAGCAGGAAGAAGUAA